AUGCCUGUUGAAUCAACACCUCAAAAACAUAGUUGGGCAGACGAAGUAGGAGAAGAAUUUGAUCAACUCCCUUCUGAUAAUUCAAUCGACGAAACAGGAAUUAAAACUGUAAUAGAAUAUCGAACCAACGAUGAAGGGAAAAAAGUCAAGAUUACGAGAAAAAUAAAAAAGACAUUAAUAACUACGCAUGUUAACAAAAUUGUGGCAGAGAGAAAGAAAUGGGAAAAAUUUGGUGAAGAAAAGGGUAAAAAGGAUGGCCCUGAUCUCAGUACUACAAGCGUAAGUGAACAAGUAUUCCUGAAAUUAUCUACCACCGGCAAACAAACAGAGGUUACGGAAGACAUCGAUUCGGCAAAGAAGAAGUUAUUACUUGGCAAGAAAAUCCUCUGUCGUAUCUGUAAAGGAGAUCAUUUUACUACAAAAUGCCCUUACAAAGAUACGCUUCAACCUUUGGAUGAACUUACAAUUGUUUUAGAGGAAGUAAAAAAUCCUCCAAAUGCGGAAACAACACCUGCCGAAACGACAACUGGUCCUACUAAAUAUGUUCCUCCAAACGCACGUGCUGGUGGUAAGACAGCGUCAACUGAUACCUAUUCUAAAGAGAGACGAGAUGACGCCACGAUUCGUGUCACAAAUCUAUCAGAAGACACCACUGAAAACGAUAUUCAUGAUUUAUUCCGACGUUUUGGCUCAAUAUCUCGUGUAUACUUGGCACGAGAUCGAGAAACAAAUGUGUGUAAAGGUUUUGCGUUCGUCAGUUUUGUAUUACGUGACGAUGCAGCAAAAGCCUUGCAAGCAAUCAAUGGAUACGGAUACGAUAAUUUAAUUUUGCGCGUUGAGUGGGCAAAGUAA